AUGAUGAUGGAGCACAAACAGACGAUACUGCUGGCACCCUCACUCAGCAACAGCAGUUGCUGGCGAAGCGGCACCGAUGCCGCUUGGACAGGUCCAGGCCCUGGAGAGCUAAUACGAGCUGCCUUGAUAUUGCUACUUAGUCUUGGUAUUCUGUGUGCCAAUCUUCUGGUGAUAUGUGUUAUCAAUAGCAGACAGUACAGCAAAUAUAUACAUGCUCAGCCCCGAUAUUUGCUGACGAGCUUAGCAAGUAACGACCUAGCGAUUGGUCUUUUAGUGACGCCUUUCGGUUUCCUACCAGCUGUUUACGGAUGCUGGCCAUAUGGUGAAGUUGUCUGUCAAAUUCAGGCACUCCUUAGAGGCGCUUUGACUCAACAGAGCGCUGUUAUCCUCGUCUGCAUGGCAAUCGACCGUUAUGUUUGCAUGCUGCACCCUCAUCGCUAUCACAAGCACUCUUCUAAAAGGUAUUACAUGCGGCAAGGCUGCGUGGCAGUGAUGUCGACCACUUGGAUAGCAAGCGUGGCAAUUUUCGGGGUUCUGGUACUCCCGAGAGGCGGUUACUACUUCAACGGGUCUGGUCUCCUCGCCUGCGACCCUUUCUUCGCUCGAGCGUCUCUUAGGAUCCUGGCGUGUUGCUGUUUUUAUUUCCCGACGACGAUGGUGCUGAUGUACUGUUACGGCUCGGCUUUCCAUGUUAACAAACUACGCUUGAAAAGAGUAGUCUGUGUUAACACACCGGAGGUCGUUAGUGGCGGCCAUAUAGAAAGGCUUGUCGCCCACGAAAGACGAUUGUCGACCUCAGCUUCGCGAACAAUGGCUGCAAUGAGUUUAGGUUUCAUCGUUAUGGUCACGCCAUGGACGAUUCAGGAAGUCGUUGCAGCCUGCACCGGAAGUAAGCCACCGCCAUUUCUCGACUUCCUGGCCACAUGGCUAGCUCUCUCCAACAGCUUCUGGAAUCCCUUCCUUUAUUGGCUGCUCAACAAUCAUUUCCGCCGAAUUUCGAGAGAGUUUCUCUAUACUAAGAUUCUGUGCAGAUCUAAGCCGUUAGGAGCAAAACAACACUGCUGCUCGACUAGCACUGGUGGCUUAGAUGUUUGCAGCAUCGCGGGUAUCGAUCUAUCAGGUUUGGAACGUUGUUCAAUGGAACGGUGCUCAAUGGCGCGUUGUUCUUCGUUAUCAUUAGCGAAUACACCACCGCUCCCUUGGGAAACCGGACAUAUAACACAUGGUGACGUAGCAUCCACGUGAGUCAAAGAUGCCGCCACGCAGACGGAGGAUUUCGGAUCUCCGGACGACGCCAGUUAGUACAGCGUGGCGGCAAGCCGGCAUCCGAU